AUGGCUCUAGAUGCUCUGGUUACAUUUCGAUAUGUGGAUGAGUUCUGUGGUGUGAACGAGUUACCAGAUAAGUUACUCAAGUACGCUAUUACCCUUGUUCAAUUAGCAUCUGCCUCUGAAGAUCAACGCGAAGUCACAAGUUUCCUAGAAGUCGCUCAUCAAGCUUUGAAGACUAUACAAUUCAUUGUUUCCCACCUCGCGUCCACAUGCGAUGAGGAAAACCGAUCUUUUGUUACUGGAUGUACAUCGAUACUCAAUUUCAUUAUGGAACGGCGACGUGAAAAUGCCAUAUGUAAAGACGAACUUGUUUGGUACACAAACCGAGAAAAGCAAAUGGCCACAGAUAGAAAGGACCCGAAUAUUGAGGAUUUCGCUGCGUACUGUCGGUGCUUCUUCGAACAAGGCACUUCUAUAUUUCUUCCUCUCUUUCAAAGUGGCCGCAUGCGACGUCAUCUGCCGAAGAGCGGCAACUUGAAUAGUGUAUACCUCAGAGCGGCAAUCAGUGAUGUACUCGUGGUGAAUGCCACAAAAUGUACCGAGCUUUCCUUGCCGGCAGUACCACCGCCCUUGCGCUUCGCGAACAUCUGCGAACAUGCCACUGGCAGUAUAUGGGGAAUUCCGAGCAUUCUUCCCUUCUGUCCUGCUUAUUUCAGUUAU